GCCCCGCCUACGCUGCUGGGGGCCGGCCGGGCGCGCGUCUUAGGCCGAGUCCCGAGAGUCGCCGCCGCCGCCUGCAGCUGACCUCAGAGCCCCGCAGCUCCUUCAGUGCCGUCGCCAUGGCUGAAGCUGAUAUUGCUUUGAUUGGGCUGGCUGUGAUGGGGCAAAACCUUAUUUUGAAUAUGAAUGACCAUGGCUUUGUGGUUUGUGCUUUUAACAGGACAGUUUCCAAAGUGGAUGACUUUCUGGCCAAUGAGGCCAAGGGAACCAAAGUGAUAGGUGCUCACAGCCUGGAAGAGAUGGUCUCUAAGUUAAAGAAGCCCCGUCGCAUUAUCUUGCUGGUGAAAGCUGGAAGUGCAGUGGAUGAUUUCAUCAAUAAAUUGGUGCCGUUGUUGGAGACUGGAGACAUCAUAAUUGAUGGUGGGAAUUCUGAGUACAGAGAUACCACAAGGCGUUGUAAGGAACUACAGGAAAAGGGCAUCUUGUUUGUCGGAAGUGGUGUUAGUGGGGGAGAGGAGGGUGCCAGAUACGGUCCCUCACUCAUGCCAGGAGGAGCCAAAGAAGCCUGGCCCCACAUCAAGACCAUAUUUCAAAGCAUUGCUGCUAAAGUGGGAUGUGGGGAACCUUGUUGUGACUGGGUCGGAGAUGAGGGUGCUGGACACUUUGUGAAGAUGGUGCACAAUGGGAUUGAAUAUGGAGACAUGCAGUUGAUCUGUGAGGCCUAUCACCUGAUGAAAGAUGUGCUGGGCAUGCAGCAUGAUGAGAUGUCAAAGGUGUUUCAGGAAUGGAAUAAGACUGAGCUGGACUCUUUCCUGAUUGAAAUCACAGCAAAUAUUCUCAAGUUCAAAGACACUGAUGGCAAGUACCUCCUCCCAAAGAUUAAGGACAGUGCAGGACAAAAAGGCACAGGAAAGUGGACAGCCAUUUCUGCCCUGGAAUAUGGAGUCCCUGUCACACUCAUAGGUGAAGCUGUGUUUGCACGCUGCCUGUCUUCCCUCAAGGAUGAGAGAGUACAGGCCAGUAAGCUGCUGGAUGGGCCCAAAAUGACUCAGUUCAGUGGGAACAAGAAGGCCUUCCUGGAGGACAUCCGCAAGGCCCUGUAUGCUUCCAAGAUCAUCUCAUAUGCUCAAGGCUUCAUGCUGCUGAGACAAGCUGCCAAAGAAUUUGGCUGGACACUGAAUUAUGGUGGCAUUGCACUGAUGUGGAGGGGAGGCUGCAUCAUCAGAAGUGUGUUCCUGGGGAAAAUCAAAGAUGCUUUUGAUCGAAACCCUGAGCUCCAGAACUUGCUGUUGGAUGAUUUCUUUAAGUCAGCCAUUGAAGACUGUCAGGACUCAUGGCGACGUGUGAUCAGUACUGGAGUACAGAUUGGCAUCCCUAUGCCCUGCUUCACUACAGCACUUUCUUUUUAUGAUGGGUACAGGCAUGAAAUAUUGCCAGCUAACCUGAUUCAGGCUCAGCGUGAUUACUUUGGUGCACACACGUACGAACUGCUGUCGAAGCCAGGUGUAUUUAUCCAUACCAACUGGACAGGCCAUGGGGGAAGUGUGUCCUCCUCUGCCUACAAUGUCCUGCCUCACAGGGUACCGCCCAAGGAGGUCUGCAGACCCUCCCCGUGCGGGACCUGUGUUUUCCUCGCCGGUAGAGGAGGAUCUUCAAACAGCCCAUGUGUGGCAGCAGGCGGCAGCCGCGGGGCCCGGCCGCGGCGCUUUCCUCAGGCCGGGCGGGGCUGGGGCUCCGACAUGGCGGCGGCGCAGCCCCGCCCCGUGCGCUGGGCGGGAAACCUCCCUGAGGGCCGGGCCGCGGCGGGGCUCGCCAUGGGAGCGGCGGACGACGAGGAGCGGCUCCUGCUCACACAGAGGCUGAAGGCUGCGGUGCACUACACGGUUGGCUGCCUGUGUCAGGAUGUGGCAGAAGACAAAGGCAUGCAGUUCAGCAAGCAAACCAUCGCAGCCAUUUCGGAGAUCACCUUCAGGCAGUGUGAGACCUUUGCAAAAGACCUCGAAAUGUUUGCAAGGCAUGCAAAGCGGAGCACAGUCACUACAGAGGACGUGAAGCUUUUGGCUAGACGGAGCAACUCUUUGCUAAAGUAUAUCACCCAGAAGAGUGACGAGCUUGCAGCAAGUACCAUGGAGCAAAAGGAAAAGAAGAAAAAGAAGUCCAGUGCAGGUAAAGGAAGGAGAACUUCUGAGGAACAAGGAGCAGCUGUGCCUGAAAGUGAAGAUUCCAACAUGGCAUGAUUCUGGCCAUUUUCUCCUACUAUCCUAGAGGACCAAAGCUCCCCUGUGGGAGAGGCUUCUUACAGGUUAGCAACAGUAAUGGUCCUUAGGUGUUCAGGUGAACAUGGUUGGGUGGAUUGUUCUGGUAUAAAAAUGAAAGGUCUGUUAGAAUCCAGUAAAGCUUACAGCCAAAAUGCCUUCAUUGCUUACAAAAGGUCUCUUGUUAAAAAGAAAAUACUUUAGAGAGAAUGUUCUGCUGUAAACUAUUUAUUUAAUCAUAAUACCUCAGCAUGUGCAACUCCCUCCAUGCUGCCACUGAAUUUCUUCAAUAAUUGUUUGACUCUUCCUCCUUGCUUCUAUUUUUGCUUGGAUAUUUCAAGUAUUUUGGUUUUAAGAGCCAUAGCUGUGACUUUUGACUAUUAAAACAUGUUUUGUGUCAUCUUUCACCAGU